AAGUUCGGUUGCACGCCUGAUCUCUCAGCUCGCCUCGGUCUUGGUUUCGAUUGCGGAAACAUAGCUUUAGUAUUAUAUAUGCCAUAUAUUCACAUGUAUAUGCAGAUAGUAUGGUCCAGUAGUUCCAGCAGCCAAGUGACAAAAGCAAAACAAACUAGUUUUCAGCCAGAUCUCGGCGAAAGCCGGCCCGGCGCGGGCCUAAUUGAAUAAAUAUAAUUCCGAGAGAACGCCGCGCCGAUCUCGAGUGUGUGUGCGAGUGUGUGUUUUCGAGUGAGCCUCAAUUGAAUUCAAUAAAUCAUAAAUAUAUACAUGUACAGAAGUGAGUGCGAGGGAAAGUAUCCUGUCGCAUAUAAUUGUGAUUUAUUGGCUGUAAUUACGAAAUUACGCAUGCGAAAAUUUAAUUUUUGAUGAGUUCCAAAUGAAAUUUGAGUUGAAAAUGUGCCACCUCCCGAUACUCGCCCUGCUCCUCCUUCUGCAAUGCCAGAUCGAAGCCUUCAAUUUCUCGCCACGUGCGAGUAUGGUGAUAAAGGCGCCGAGCCACCUCAAGUUCCAGCAAAACCAAACAAGGAGCUCCUACUUUGGAUACACACUCGUCAUCCGUCCAACCAGCAUCAUCGUGGGUGCUCCUCGUGCCCAAUCCACAUUGGAGUCGCAGAGGAACAUCAAUGAGACGGGAGCGAUAUACAGAUGCUCCCUGCUGAAUGGUCAGUGCAAUCCGUAUAUCCUGGAUCAAACAGGCAACGUCGAUGCGCCCUUCAAUGAAUACACCUUGGACUCGCAGAGGAAAGACUUCCAGUGGCUCGGAGGAUCUAUGGAUGGCGGCACCCGGGACACGGAUAAACUCCUCGUGUGCGCUCCUCGCUUCUACACACCCAGCUCCAAGGACUAUCAUCUGCACGGGGUGUGCUACUGGGUGCAGAACACCCUGGGCAGUACUCCUGGACACGUGACCCGCAUCUCCCCGCUGCGUCUCAAGGCGGAGCAGGUGAUCGAGCAGGUGGUCGAUGGGAACGACAUGACCUCCUUCUACUACAUCUACAGCGAGCUGGGACUGAGUGCCCAUGUCUCGGACGAUAACUCCAAGUUCCUCAUCGGAGCACCUGGCAUCUUCACGUGGAAGGGUUCGGUGAUCCUAUACCGUCAGGUGGACAACAUCGAUGAUCCCUCCGCCAGCCGCCGAGACACGAGCAGUGCGCAACGUCGCAGCCGCCGGGUACGGGAUGUAGACACCAACGAGUAUACGCCGGAGCACUAUGCCCCGGAGAUACCUAGGCCAAACGGAGGGGAUGACGAGUACUUUGGCUAUGCGGUCAGCUCCGGUUACUUCGAUAGUGCUAACCUGUCCACGCUCCUCUACGUGGCCACCGCACCCCAGGCCAACAAGCAGUCUGGCGAGGCCUACAUCUUCGACAUCCAUGCCAAGAAGAUCAAGAAGCACCAUGUCUUCCAGGGUGAGCAGUUUGGCGAAUACUUUGGCUACUCGGUGCUGGCGGAGGAUCUCAAUGGGGAUGGCAAGACGGACGUGAUAGUGUCGGCACCGCAGUACGCUCUGGAGGAUUCCCACGACAAUGGGGCUAUCUAUGUGUUUAUCAACAAGGGCUUUUUCAACUUUGAGAGAAAGAUCUUGCGGUCGCCGGUGACGAGCAAUGCCCGCUUUGGCACCACUCUCUCCCGCCUGGGCGACAUCAAUCAUGACGGAUUUAAUGACGUUGCCGUGGGCGCACCCUUUGCCGGCAAUGGCUCCGUGUUCAUCUACCUGGGCAGCGAGCGUGGACUGAGGGAUAAGCCCAGCCAGCAACUGGAUGCUCCUAGCCAGCAGCCCUCCAAAUACGGAACCCACAUGUUCGGCCAUGGCCUGUCCCGCGGUUCCGAUAUCGAUGGCAAUGGCUUCAAUGACUUUGCUGUAGGAGCACCAAAUGCCGAGGCUUUGUACCUGUAUCGAGCCUAUCCAGUGGUCAAGGUCCAUGCCACCGUCAAGUCAGAGUCGCGAGAGAUCAAGCCGGAGCAGGACAAGGUGAAGAUCACCGCCUGCUAUCGACUGAGCACCACGGCCAAGGCCACGAAUGUGCAGCAGCAGGAGCUGGCCAUCCGGUUAGCCAUCGAUCCGCAAUUGAAGCGGGCCAAGUUCGCCCAGACGCAGACCAAUGAGAUGAGUUUCAAGGCAGAUGCCGGCCUCAGUGAGCAGUGUCGCGUCUUUGAGGUUCAGGUGCGCUACAGCGAAAAGGAUAUAUUCACGCCCAUUGACCUGGAGAUGCACUAUGAGUUGACCAAGAAGGUGCCCGACUCGGAGGAGUUCUGCGACACCUGCGUGGCUGUGGAUCCAGCAGAGCCCAAGGUUUACCAAGAUAAGAUCAUCUUCAGUACAGGCUGUGCCAACGAUGUCUGUAAUGCCGACCUGCAGCUGAAGAGCAAGGAUGUGAGCUCCACCUAUAUACUGGGCAGCGCCGAUACCCUUCGCCUGAACUACGAGAUCACGAAUGUGGGAGAGACCGCCUACUUGCCCCAGUUCAAUGUCACCAGUGCCUCCCGCCUGCCCUUUGCCCAAGUGCCUGGCAACUGCAAGGUCACCGAGGCCUACAUGGUAUGCGAUCUGAAUCGAGGACGACCGCUGGCCAAGGGUGACCGAGACUCGGUGACCGUCAGCUUCGAUGUGAGCCAGCUGAGUGGCCUCAACCUGAUCAUCACCGCCGAGGUCUUCAGUACGGGACGGGAAGCGAAUCCCACGGACAACAGGCAGGUCAAUGUGAUUGGCCUCAAGGAGUUCACGGAGAUCGAUGCCACCGGCGGCCAGACCAAUGGACAGAUUGACUUGGAGCACUACAGCAACUCGGCGGAAAUCAUUAACAACUACGAGAUCAAGAGCAACGGUCCGAGUGUGAUCGAGGAGCUGACGCUGUCCUUCUAUAUUCCCAUUGCCUACAAGGUGGCUGGCUCCGCGGCUGUUAUUCCCAUCAUCAACAUCACCAGCCUGAGGAUGCAGGCCAGCUACGAUUCCCAGCUGCUGAACAUCGAUCUGUACGACCAGAAUGAUACCCUGCUCUUCCCGGAUCCAGUCGAGGUAUCCACCACGGUUAGUGGGGGCCUGGAGAGGACUGUGAUCACGCAGAAUGGAAACGGCUAUGAUGUGUCCACCAGUGGUCAUAUUCAUCACACCAUGCAGGUGCUCGAUACGGAUUCGGUGGUCACCGCUUCGAUGACACGGAAGCGUAGGGAUCUCAAGGCUCUGACUGCCAACCGGGAGCAGUAUGCUCGCAUUUCGAAUGUCAAGGCUCACGAUCUGUUGAGCGAUGACUUUAAGGAUAAGUUGCCGGUGAACCGAACCAUUGUGUUCCACUGCCGGGAUCCCCAGAUGACCACCUGUGUCCGGGCCGAGAUGCGCGUCCAUUUCAGGCCUGAGAAGUCCAUUAACCUGAACAUGCGCUAUAAUGUGGAUCUGAAUGAAGUGAACUCCAUUCUAAUGGAUCCCUGGGAGUACUUUGUCAUCCUCUCCGAUCUGGAGCUGCACAAGAAGGGCGAUCCCACCUCCACGUCGUUUUCCAUUAACCGAAGGAUCGAGCCCAAUGUGAUAUCCAAGCAUCUGCAGGCAAAGAGUAUAUGGUGGAUUAUCCUUGUGUCCGUCAUCGGUGGCCUGCUGUUGCUCUCUGCUCUGAGCUACGGACUGUAUAAGAUGGGCUUCUUCCAACGCACCAAGAAGGAGGAGCUCAACAGGCUGGUCCACCAGAAUCCUGACGAACCGGAGGCGGAGAACCUCAACAGCAACGAGAACAACUAACUCCGGGCAGGCGAUAACCCAUCUCCCGUACACAUCACAUUCUAAAUGGAUGGCUUAGUCACCAGCUCCGGAAGGAAGUCCGAGGCAUAUUAUACCACGUGUGUAAUCAAUGAAAACAGGAAUGAAUGUUUAAAAACGAAAAGCCGAUAAACCGAAAAAACAAAACCGAUAAGCUAGUUACGACAAAAGAAAAUCUACCUUAUAGGAGUACUACGUGCAACUUGUGAACCGCGAAAACAUUGAAUGUUCUUACCGGUUAUACUUUCUAGUAAUUUACGCUAAUUUACAUAAGUGCCUUGAAAUUUCUAGUUUCUAGAAGUAAUCGAUGCGAAAGUCCCAUUGCCAUUUGUUGUAAAUAUUUAUUAAACACUUUAAAAUAAUUUUUAAUUGUAAUAAAACCAAGUUGUUUGUAUAGUUUUCCUAGCUGUUACUUUACACGGCGACGCAAAAGACUUUAUUAAUGUGUAAAUUGUGUAGGUGCGAUACCUGUGUAUUUAAGAACUUUUCUUGUAUUAUAGUAGAGUAUUAAAGAGCGAUGAAGAGUGAAUAAAAACAUUAUAAGCAAUGUGUGUUUUUGUAAAAACAGGAAUAAAUAAAGUGAUUUUUGUAUGAAAGCCAAAUAUCUCAAAGUCUUACA